CAGUUCCUGCCUCUUGAGCCUCCCUCGUCCAACUCUCCCUCCAUGUUUCUGUCUCUGGACCUCCAAGCAGAGGCCUCAGGUGCCCCUCCAGGACAAAGGGCAGAGGACAACAGAAUGAGACUUGAGCAUGUGUUCAGGGAGUCUCUUCACAGCCCAUGUGAAGCCACCGGCUCAUUCUUCCUGCUCUGGAACCAACAGUGGAAUCUGGGCUGACUGCCCACUGGGCCUCUGGGACCCAGGCAGCAGCUCACAUUGCAACCUCAUGAAUAACCCAGCACCUCCCAGCUGCCUACAUCUCAGAGGAACCCAUGUCCCCAGGACCAGCCCCCACCCCUGUCUCUCAUUGCUUUAAACUUUAAUAGGCCCAGGUUGGGUGGCAAUUGAGCAGGCUCCAGGGAGCCAGGGGAGGAUGUCCUGACGGGGAGAGCUUGGACUGAGCUCUCCCAGGACUCAGAUGGAGGCUGGCAGAGGAGGAUCCCAUGGGUCAGGCCCAACUCACUAGAACUCUGGCAGUUAAUGGGGAAAGGUGGCAAGGCAGAAGUCCCAAGAGUGGCCUUCAGUUCAUAAAGCCUUUAGUGGAGUAAGAGUAAGUUGGGGUAUAUAAGUCAACGUGUAGCUAGGGGGCCUCUGACAAGCUGUAGAAUAGGGUUGCAGAUGAAUCUCAGGAUUACCAGCCCAGACCCUUACUGCCUUGCAAACUCCCACGCUGUAGGCAGAGCUCCAACCAGUGGACAGCCAAGAGGACAGAGACCCUGCAGGACCAGCCGGAGACAGAGCCCUGGGUAGGCCUACAUGGACAUCCCCAUCAGCAGCAGAGACUUCCACUGCCUGCAGCUGGCCUGUGUGGCCCUGGGUCUGGUGGCCGGCAGCAUCAUCAUCGGAGUCUCUGUGUCCAAGGCUGCGGCUGCCGUGGGCGGCAUCUUUCUCGGUGCUGCUGGGCUGGGGCUCCUCAUCUUUGCCUACCCCUUCCUGAAGGCUCGGUUCAACCUGGAGCGCAUCCUGCCUACAAUAGAGGAACUGGGGUGGUCUUAUCCUUUAGAGAGCCUGAGAAUCCACCCCAACCCAGGAUCAGACCAAGGAGAGGGAAGAUCUGGUACCAAUGGAAAUAAGGAAGGAGCCCGCAGCAGCCUGUCCACUGUGACCAGGACGCUGGAGAAGCUGAAACCAGGAAGCCGUGGGACGGAGGAGGGCUAGGCAAGGGCCACCCCUGCCCUGCCCCCCACUUCCUGACUAUUACCCAUCUCAGAGCCCUCCUGGGUCCAACUUAGAAGAUCCAAACCAAAAAUGAACCAGGCUCUGGAGACGCCAGACCAGCAUUUGCCUCGGACCCAGACUCUUUAGAACAGAUGCCACUGGUGUCACAUUGGCCCCAUGGGACUCCCUUGUUUCAGCCACUUAACCUGACAUUUCUCUCAGGACUGCAACUCUGCUUUGUUCCCUUUUUGAUCUACUGACUGGUUUCUCUAGAAUCUGGAGACUGGGUCCCUGACUACACCCAGAGAUGCCUCAGGUCCUUGCUUCAUCCUGACCACAGAAGCUGACCACAGGAAACACAGAUUGGGAGCCCAGCUAAGCCCCUCAGCCUCCGCAGCCCGGGUAGGAGGAAUGGACCCAGAUUCCUUUCAGAACAUCAAGCUCCUGGUCAGUUCCUCAGGGACAGGCUCUGAGCAGCAGUUAGUCAGAGGGGGCCAUAUCCCCUGGUCCCUAGAGGACACAGACUCACAGAAGAACAGACCCAUUGAGGGCCUUGUAUACUCUGCUCUAGAUAAGCCUCUAGCUGUCCCUUUUCUCCCCUGUCACUGCUCCCUAAACAGGACCUAUGUUUACUUCCAAGCAUGGGCUCGUCUCUGGAGUGCUCCUUACUCCUUCUGCCUAUGAAAACUCCCCUCCUUUAAAGGCCCAGCUCAGAGAACCAAUGCUCUUCUCAUCCUCUUCCAUCAGCCUGUGUCCUCUCUUGACAGCUCCAGGAAGGCUCAAAGUCUUCUUUUUCACGAAAUAACCAUUAAGCCUACUGCCCUUUUUCUAGUCCCUAGCACAAGACAGGGCACACAGUAGGUGUUCGACAAAUGUUAGUGGCUUAAAUUUAAUGGGAAAACAACUCCCAAGGCUUCCCUGGAGAGCCAUGUCAGGGCCCCAUCUACCUGGGCAAGGAGACCAAGGUGCACAUGGCCAGGUAAAAGAUACCAUCUUCCCUCCACACCUGCACCUCUAGGCCAACAGCAUUCUUUGAACUCAUGUGCCCUCUGUUCUUGUUUGGGAAGCAGGAGAUAAGCUAGGAACAUUCUUAGAAGCCUCCUCUGAUGGCCCUGUGCUUCCAUAGCACCAAGGUUCCCUCCAGCACAGUGGAGGUUCUGGUUUUCAGUGGUUCUGGGCUGUUUCUCCCCCUUGAAAGUGAGAGCAGAGAGCUAAGAACACAGAAGGCACCCAGUGCAUGUUGGAAAACCAAACCAAAGUGGAAGAGCCCAUCUCACUACACAGAUGGGAAAAUUGAGGGCAUACAGGAAAAGGGAUUUGGGGAGUCCCCCAGGGAAAGUCAUGGAGCCAGACUUUGCAUCCAGGUCUUCUGUCUCUGCAGCUGAGGCUACAUCCUCUAUACAGGUGCAGGACUUAACUCCCUGACCACACUUGGACAACCUCCAUAAAGGGGCUGACUUUCACAAAUUCUGGCUAGUUGUGGAGAGUUUGUUCCCCCAGACUGAAGGAAGUCAGCUUCCUCUCUCCUUGAAUUUCCCCACCUCUCCACCUCCCUUCUGCCUGCUCCCUGCAUUUCUCCUUUUCUUCAACAUUAACAAUAACUCAGGUGCCUCCUUGAUCAAUGAGAAAACCCUUCUCCCUAUCAAUCUUCAAUUCUCACUUCAGUGCCCCAAAGAGAUGCCCAAGGGUGGAGAUGGUCCAAUUAGGGAAGGCAGAGCCUAAACUGCAGGAAGGGUGACCCCACCCCACCAGCUCCUCCCAUACAGGAUCUCCCCGAUGUCAGCUAUGGAAUCCCUGAUUCCUGGCAGGGCCAGGCACAGAGAGGCUCUGGGGAUCAGGAUGGGAUAAAUUAAGGAAUGAACAUAUGAAAAGGCAAAAACUGUAUUCCAGCACCAUGGUGCACUCCUAUAAUCCCAGCUACUGAAGAAGCUGAGGUAGGAGGAUCACAAGUUCAAGAGC